AUGUUCGCCGGAAUCUCCGACCCAUUUGAGUUAGCAGCUCCUAUCAUCAUAAAGGCAAAGGUCCACCUUCGUGAAUUAAUCGUCAAGGGGCUUAAGUGGUCCAACCCAGUGGAAGUAGCCGAUCGAGCGUGGUGGGAGUCAUGGUUCCACAUCGUGCAAAAAUUGGCCGAUGUAUCCAUUGAACGCUGUUUAUUUCCGGAAGAAGAUGAUAUCGUCAAGUCUCAGCUUCACACGUUUGGAGAUGCUUCGGAGGAGGCCUACGCCACGGUGGUGUACGUCCGUAACCAAUACCGCUGCGGUAAAAUCAUUGUCAGAAUUGUGAAGGCAAGCAGUAAGAUGGCCCCAAAGAAGAGUCUGUCGGUGCCAAAAUUGGAGCUGAAUGCCGCUUUAUUGUCUUCCCGUGUCGCCGCUGCCGUCCAGAACUGUCUCAUUCAUCCAAUCAGCUGCAGAUAUUUCUGGAUGGACUCCAGUACUGUCCGUAAUUGGAUAAGAGCCACCGCCUCGUUUUACCAAAUCUUCGUCGCCAACCGAGUAGGGGAGAUACAGACGUUAACGGAGAGCGACGAAUGGCGUUUUAUCCCCGGCAAACUAAACCCCGCGGACGCUGCUACCCGUUCCUCCAUCGGAGAAGAUGUCUGGCCAAGGAUCUGGCAAGACGGCCUGGAAUUUCUACUACAACCGGAAUCCACCUGGCCCACGGAUCUUCCUUGGAUGGCCGCGACAGCAGAACUGAAAGCCACCAAAUCGCAUCACGUCCAGACCACCCCAGAUCCGUUUGAUUGGUCAGCAGUCAGUUUGGACCAUUCUAACAUUUCAUCUUUCUUGAAAUUAGAAGGAGAAACGAAGAACCUCCUCAAACGAUGUCAAUCAGAAGCCUUUCCGGAAGAUCUCACUCGUCUUAAGCGAGGAAAGCCCCUUCGUUCCUCUUCCCAUCUGUUGGUCUUAAGUCUGAAGCUCGGCGAGGAUGGAAUCUUAUGUCUAGGCGGCCGUAUUGAUAGAGCGAAGCUGCCAUACGAUGCCCUUCAUCCUCCGUUACUUCCCAGCAAGCACCCGCUCACGGAGAAAAUAGUCGAAGUUGUGCAUGGUCAGAUGCAUCACGCCGGAACGGAUUAUUUAUUCGCCAAAUUGUGUCAACAUUUCUGGAUCAUUCGCUGGCGAGAGCUGGUCAAGAAAGUGCGUCGAAUGUGCCCAACGUGCAUCAAGGAUAGAGCGGUCCCAGCUGCUCAACUGAUGGGCGAUCUACCAGCCGUGCGACUUGAUUCUUAUUCCCCGCCUUUCUUCCACACCUCCGUUGACUAUUUCGGCCCUAUAGAGACGAGUCCUGGACGGAACAGAGUGACAAAGCGGUACGGUGCACUCUUCACUUGUCUGACGACAAGAGCUGUACAUGUAGAAUUAGCUGAGUCCCUAUCAUCUGAGGAUUUUCUGCUGGUCUUUCGUCGAUUCAUCGGUCUUUUCGGUAAACCUGCCACUGUCCAAUCCGACAAUGGGACGAACUUCGUCGGAGCGGAGUGUGAGUUGAACGAUCUCGUUAAUCAACUAGGAAAGGACCCGAAGCUGUUGCAGUUCCGAAAAGAAAAGGUGAUUGAUUGGUAUUUCCAGCCUCCACGAGCACCGCACUUCGGCGGAGCUCACGAGAGCUUGGUCCGUUCUACAAAACGUGCCCUGUACCAAGCCUUGGAUCUUGAGAAGAAAGCUCUACGCUACCCAACUAACGAGAUGCUGCGGACGCUAUUUGCAGAAAUAGCCGGAUUCCUCAAUUCUCGUCCUCUGACCUACGCUAGUUCGGAUCCGGAAGACUUUCGGCCCUUAACGCCAAACGACUUCUUGAAUCGCCCGCCUACUUCCGACUUACUGCCCGGCGAAUUCAACGACGCUCUGCCCAGAGAGCGAUUCCGCUACGUCCAGAAGACGGCCAAGUUAUUCUGGGAUUUAUGGACUAAACUGUAUCUUCCGACGUUAGUUCCGCGAAAGAAGUGGAAAUCAGCUCAAGAGAACAUUGCCGUCGGUGACGUCGUCCUUCUACUGGAUCCUAACCAACCGCGCGAUCUCUGGAAAAUCGGCCACGUUAAUCAGGUUUAUCCGGGAGACGACGGACAAGUACGCGUCGUCAAGGUGAGAACGAAAGACGGAAGUACACCCGAGCGAUUCAUCGCCUAA